CACACCAACCAAUGGGAAGCCUUUGCGUCAGAACCGUUACUUCCGGGUGUCUCCAAUGAAGGAAUCUUCUCGCAUCUGAUGGUUUCUUUUGUAUAAUAUCAACAAAGCUAAAAAAAACCUACGUGGUCAAUAAACGUGUUGGUAAAAUGAACAGAAUAUUCGGACGCGGAAAGCCGAAAGCUGCUCCUCCGAACCUGUCGGACUGUAUCGGCAACGUUGAUGCGAGAUCAGAGUCCAUAGAAAAGAAGAUUGGCAGACUAGACGCUGAGCUUGUGAAGUACAAGGAUCAGAUGAAGAAGAUGAGAGAUGGGCCCUCGAAGAACAUGGUGAAACAGAAGGCGAUGAGAGUCCUGAAGCAAAAGAGAAUGUAUGAAGGUCAAAGAGAGCAGCUGGCUCAGCAGUCUUUUAACAUGGAGCAGGCAAACUACACAAUCCAGACAUUAAAGGACACCAAAACAACGGUGGAGGCCAUGAAGAUCGGUGCAAAGGAAAUGAAAAGGGCUUACAAGGACGUCAAACUUGAUCAGAUUGACGAUUUACAAGACCAACUGGAGGACAUGAUGGAGGACGCCAACGAGGUUCAAGAGGCCUUGAGCCGCAGCUACGGCACUCCAGAAUUAGAUGAGGAUGAUCUUGAAGCAGAGCUGGACGCUCUGGGGGAUGAGCUGCUGCUGGACGAUGACAGCUCUUAUCUGGACGAGGCCUCAGCUGCCCCGUCCAUCCCUGAGGGAAUCCCCAGUGAGAGCAAGACAAACAAGGAUGGCGUUUUGGUGGACGAGUUCGGCCUGCCGCAGAUUCCCGCCUCGUAAACAGGGAACGGAUCAAAACAACUGCACUUCAACUGAAAAACACUUUUUAUAUGUAGAGUAACAUUUAUACAUGCAAAACAUUUGACCUGAGAACACUACGAUUUUGAAGCUGUCCAGGUGUCGGGUUGUGUUCUGUUACCACUACUGUGCUAGCAUGUGGCCUUGUAACAUACUGAACCUUUUUUUAGAAACACUAUUCCCCCGUUCCUCCCUUUGUCUUGUCAGUCUCGUCCAUCACCAGUAUUACUAAGUGUAUAUUUAUUUGUCUUAAUUGUAUUCUAGUUGUGUGUGUUGUUCAGUCAUCGCCAUUUUGUGGAGAUUGAUUCCUCUUAAACUUGUUGGAAUGUCUGCAAGUUGUUUGAAACAUGCAAAAUAAAUUCUGUGUUUUAAUUUAACCCUUGAA